AUGGGCGACGCCGCCAACACCAACGGGAGCAAUGAGGCCGGUAUUAGCGAUGCAGCUUUAUACGAUUUGAGGAGAGCCAAGAAAAGGCUGGACACUCUCGCUGACAAGCCCAAGUGGGAUCUCACCGACACGGCGGAUUUCGAUUGCAUGCACUACUUAGGCGACGCUGCCUUGGAAAAAGCAUGCCGAACAUUGGGCAUGGAACGUGGACAGACAGUCGUCGAUAUCGGCUCGGGCUUCAGCGCCACCGGCCGCUACUUGAACAAGCGGUGCGGCGUUGAUGUCACGGGUAUCGAGCUUCAGCCCGAAAUUCACCAACUCGCCGAGAAGAUCACCGAGCGAAACGGUCUCGCGGCAGGUGUACGCUCAGUCAAUGCGGAUUUUACAACGCUGACGCUGGACACACCGGUGGACUACAUCAUCUCGUUUCUAUGCAUUCUACACAUCCCUGACAGGGACACGCUGUUCCAGAAAGCAGCCAGCACCCUGAAGCCAGGAGGAAAACUCUACAUUGAGGAUUAUUUUGCUCGAACGGCGCUCAGCAAAGAGGUUGGCGACCAAUUGCGUGACAUCGUGUCUUGUCCUUACCUACCGAGUCGUGAUCAGUACAUAUCGGACCUGGAAAAAGCAGGAUUUCGUGAUGUUCAGUUUGAAGAAGUGACAGAAGAAUGGGCCAAGUUCGUGCACGAACGGGCAGUCAGUAACCGACAGAAAGGGACAAGCGAGGCGCCACUUACUUUAUUUUACGACACAAUUGAUGGAUUGUUUGCUGGCCGUGAGCUGGGAGGGGUGUGUCUCACGGCUACCAAAGUAUGA